AUGUCUACAAUGAAAGCAUUGAACUAUGUCGGACCCUACACGGUCAAGGUGGAAGAUGUUGAGAAACCCAGACUAGAACACCCCGACGAUAUUAUUGUCAAGGUUACCACUGCAGCAAUCUGUGGCUCGGAUCUCCACAUGUACGAAGGUCGGACGUCUGCUGAGCCAGGGAUUACAUUUGGUCACGAAAACAUGGGAAUCGUCGAAGAGCUAGGCAAAGGUGUCACAUUGCUCAAGAAAGGAGAUCGUGUUGUGAUGCCAUUCAAUGUCGCUGAUGGCCGUUGCCGCAACUGCGAGGAGGGAAAGACGGCGUUUUGCACUGGAGUCAACCCCGGAUUUGCCGGUGGCGCAUACGGUUAUGUCGCCAUGGGCCCUUAUCCUGGGGGCCAGGCACAGUACAUUCGCAUUCCAUACGCAGACUUUAAUGCUCUCAAACUGCCCCCAGGCAAAGAGCACGAAGCCGACUUUGUGCUUCUUGCAGACAUCUUUCCCACCGGCUGGCACGGCGUCGAAAUAUCCGGAUUCCAGCCAGGUGAAAGCAUCGCCAUAUUCGGUGCCGGUCCUGUCGGUUUGAUGGCUGCUUAUUCGGCUACUCUGCGCGGAGCCUCCAAUGUUUACGUUGUAGACCGAGUCCCUGAACGUCUAGCGGUCGCCAAAAGCAUCAACUGUAUUCCCAUCGACUUUACCGCGGGAGAUGCAGUUGACCAGGUUAUUGCCCACAAUGGAGGGAUGGUGGACCGAUCAGUCGACGCUGUUGGAUACCAAGCUGUUGACCCGAAUGGAUCCUCAGAAAGACCAAACAUCAUUAUUGAGAAUAUGAUUCGAGUGACACGAGCAUGUGGCGGGCUCGGAAUUCCAGGGCUUUACGUCCCCAGCGACCCUGGCGCGCCUGAUUCGAACUCGGCAAAGGGUAUCAUCAGCCUCAGCUUUGGAAAAUUGUUUGAGAAGGGCCUGUCGCUUAGCACUGGCCAGUGCAAUGUGAAGAAAUAUAACCGGUACCUACGAGACAUGAUUAUCGCCGGCAAAGCAAAGCCUAGUUUUGUCAUCUCGCACGAGAUUGACCUCGGUGAUGCGGAGGUUGCAUACGAAAAAUUUGAUCGGAGGGAAGGGGGAUACACCAAAGUGAUUAUUCACCCAAACGGAGGCUUUUGA